AUGGCUAGAGAAGGCUUUGACAGAUUUUCCUGGGGAGCCACGACAUUGGCUGUUCGGACAUCUACAUUUGCACAACGAAGACAAGAAUCUCUUGAUCGACAUGCAAUAUGGGCAUCAAAACAUAAGUAUGGAUACCCCAUUUGGAUUGGUCCCUUUGAUGUAACCUAUAUGGUGACUCACCCUAUGACAAUGAAAGCUAUUCUGUCAACAUCAGAGCCGAAAGACAAAAUGGCAUAUGACAUGCUGAAACCAUGGUUAGGUGAUGGGUUGUUAUUAAGCAAAGGAAGUAAAUGGUUUCGAAACCGUAAACUGCUCACUCCGGGAUUCCAUUUCGAUGUACUGAAACCAUAUGCAAAGAUAUUCAAUGAAUGCUCCAAAGCAUUAGUGUGUAAGUGGCAUGGAGAAAACAAUUCUAUUGAAGUAUUUCAUGAUGUCAGUUUAUUGACGCUAGACUGUUUGAUGAAGUGUAUAUUCAGUCACGAUUCACAGAAUCAAGAUGGAGACUCAAAUUCUUACACUCAGUCAGUUUACCAAGCUGGGACUCUAUUUUCAAAACGAUUCCUCAACUUAUUACAUCACAGCGACUCGAUAUAUCAUCUAUCGUCCAAUGGUAGAAAAUGGCGCAAAGCGUUAAAGAUUCUGCAUUCCCAUUCUAGUAGAGUAAUCAAACAACGGCACAACGAAAUACUGAACCAGAAAGAAAAUGGUGUCAGCAAUAAAAGAAAAUAUAUCGAUUUUUUAGACAUUCUUCUUUCGGCCAGGGAUGAAGACGGAAAUGGUUUGACUGAUAAAGAAAUCCAAGAUGAAGUUGAUACAUUUAUGUUUGAAGGUCACGACACAACAUCUAGUGGUAUAUCAUGGUGUAUGUAUAAUCUAGCAAAACAUGCAGAAUAUCAGCAGAAAUGUCAACAAGAAAUUGAUGAGUAUUUUUCAAAGAAGGGAAGCAAAGAUCUUGAAUGGGAUGAUCUUCAUAAUCUCCCCUAUCUUACGCUAUGCAUCAAAGAAAGUUUACGAAUAAAUCCAGCAGUCCCAUUCAUUGGACGCAGUCUGACGAAGGCAUUGUAUUUACCUGAUGGUAGAUUUUUACCCGCAGGCAAGUUGUGUAUGUCAAUUACCAUCAAUAUAUAUGGACUGCAUCAUAACAACACUGUAUGGGACAAUCCGGAAGUGUACGAUCCAUCUAGAUUUCUACCUGAGAAUGUGAAAGAUCGAUCCCCACAUGCUUAUGUACCAUUUUCAGCUGGACCAAGGAAUUGUAUUGGUCAAAACUUUGCAAUGAGCGAGUUGAAGAUUGUCAUGGCAACGAUUCUGCAUAACUUUGAUCUGUCAGUGGACACUACAAAACAAAUUAAUUCGAUCUCAGAAAUGGUUUACAAAACAAGAAAUGGCAUGUUUUUAUUUAUAACAAAAAGACGGAAAUAAUGUCUAUCAUGGAUGUGUAAAAUAAAUGUAAGAACACCAAACUCAUUAUCGCAAGUUUAUUAGGGCAUUUACUUUCUAUUAAAGCACAUCUACUUUAUGUAGCAUCCUGUGUAUUCAUUUAAUGGAAUUUCUAUUCAUUAAUAUUUUAGUAGUUCAUAUCAAUGUAAACAAAUAUUUUGUUUUUUUUAGACUUUAUUUGGUUGUAAUUUUUUAGUUCUUUGAUGUAUUUACUCUGCAUUGAGUCUAUCACUUAUUUCUUUGUUUUGUUUGUCAAACCAAUACAUCUAUAUAUCUACCGGUAUGAUGUAUAGUCAAAGCAUGUCAGAACCACAUUCAUUAAAAUAAAAUGGCUGCCAGUCAGCCAUUUGGAA